AUGGAGGGAGGGGAAGGGGAGGAGGGAGGAGAGGAGGAAGGAGAGGAGGAAGGAGAGGAGGGGGGGAGGGAGGAAGGAGAGGAGGAAGGAGAGGAGGAGGGGGGGAGGAAGGAGAGGAGGAAGGAGAGGAGGAAGGAGAGGAGGAAGGGGGGAGGAAGGAGAGGAGGAAGGAGAGGAGGAGGGGGGGAGGAAGGAGAGGAGGAAGGAGAGGAGGAAGGAGAGGAGGAAGGGGGGAGGACUCUGAUCGGAAUUAAUGCAGACGGUUGUAAAAUCCGUCUGUAG